AUGACGAUGAAGCAGAAUAACUCCAAGUCUAAGCUGAAAGGUAAAGUUGUUGUUGUUGAUGAUGAUGACUUCCCCAUGGAUGAAACUGAAGUGCGAAUUCAAAUUCUUGAAAAGGAGAACUGCUCCAAGUCUAAGCUCAAUGGAAAAGUUGUUGUUGAUGAUGAUGAUGAUGACUUCCCCAUGGAUGAAACUGAUCAAGUGCUUCAGAUUCUUGAAAAGAAGAACUGCUCCAAGUCCAAGCUGAAAGGAAAAGAUGUUAACAAUUGGCAAUUCAAUGAGGAUGAAAUAGAAGUUCUUCAAAUUCUUGAAAUCAUGAGAAAAGAAAAAGAUCUUGAGAAAUUGAGUCAAAUAUUUGGCAAUAGCGAAGGGACAUCAACUUCAACGGACCGCAAGUGUAAUUACGGCCGCAAAGGGGCACCAACUUCAACGUACCGCAAGUGCAAUUACGGCCGCAAAGGGACAUCAACGUCAACGGACCGCAAGUGCAAUUAUGGUCGCGAAGGGGCAUCAACUUCAAUGGACCGCAAGUGCAAUUAUGGCCGUGAAGGAGCAUCAACGUCAACGGACCGCAAGUGCAAUUACGGUCGCGAAGGGCCAUCAACGUCAAGGAACCGCAAGUGCAAUUAUGACCGCGAAGGGGCAUCAACGUCAACAAACCGCAAGUGCAAUUACGCCCGCAACGUAACUGAUUUUGAAGUCCCUGCAAUAAUUUCCCAAUCCCACUUACGGUCGUUUCAACAAGCAUUUGUCCGCAAUUUCGCACCUCAAUUGCAACCAAACCCUCCAAAUUUGCCGCCGGUUCCAAGCCUACGAGAUUAUAUUUUGGGGUGUAGCAGACCUAUUGAAAAGGAAUUGCAAGAGAGCGACGUGAAUCCGGACCAAAAUAGGCUACUCCUAAACAAGAAUCAAGUGGAGAAUUUCUUUCUGCCAUUGUUGAUGAAUGAUGAAAAUCUAAAGGAUGGAAUUGCAGUCACCGGGUAUGAUAUGGAUGGCAAAGAGCACCCCUUGACAUUCAAGAAAUGGGCAGAUAAGUACUAUGUCUUUUGUAAAGGGUGGAAAACUUUCUUCCAAAGGCAAGGAUUGAAGCCUGGCGAUUUUGUCACCGUAUGGAUGUUUCGUCAUUCUAAAACUAAUCGUUUGUGUGUCGCUCUUGGUAUUAGGAAAGGAUCAAACAUAGAUGCAGUUCCAUAA